AUGGGGAAAAAAGGAAACCAAGGAUUUGUUGAACGCAGGAAAACUACUGGUUACUGUUACCUUGAUAAAUUUAAGCUUAUGCCGCACCAUUAUGCAAAGCUAAGCCAAAACAAAACAAAUGAAGCCACCUGGUCUGCAGAAGCUGUUGCUAGAGUUCAUCAAGCUAACGAUCUAAGUGCCCCAACACAGCUUCAAGCAACUCAACCUCAGAGGUCUCACCAAGGAGUUCUCUGGAAUCUAUCCUCCUGUGAUGCACUGAAAAUGCCAAUCAUCCAGGAUGCCCUCGCAGUGUUGACCAAUGCAGUGAUCAUCCCUCACUCUGGAUGGGAAAACUCUCCGCUCCAGGAUGAUCAUAAAAUACAACUCCAUUCAUCACAGGUGCUGCGCAAUGCCACUGGGUGCCUAAGGAACGUCAGCUCUGCUGGAGAGGAGGCCCGCAGAAGGAUGAGGGAGUGCGAUGGCCUGACGGACGCAUUGCUGUAUGUGAUCCAGUCUGCUCUGGGGAGCAGUGAAAUUGAUAGUAAGACCGUUGAAAACUGUGUGUGCAUUUUGAGGAACCUCUCAUACAGGCUAGCUGCAGAAACAUCUCAGGGACAGCAGAUGGGAACAGAUGAACUUGAUGGAUUACUCUGUGGUGAUGCCAAUGGAAAAGACGCAGAGAGUUCAGGAUGCUGGGGGAAGAAGAAGAAGAAAAAGAAAUCACAAGAUCAG